UCUCCUGACCAGAGAGAUGAUGAGGGUGGUGAUGAAGAUGGCUGCUCUUUCCACCAUCUCUCUGCUCCUGCUCUGCUGCUUCAUCUCCUCUGCAGAUAUGUGUGACCACUAUGCUGCAGUAGGCAAGAACUUCACUGUGCCUCUGCCCCACAAACUGCAAAAUGCGGAGCGACUGAUAUGGAAGCACAACAAUGUGAAAAUCUUAGAUCGAAAGCCAAACAACGACUUUAUCACUGGAAAGAGGGAGAUGGUUGAUGAGAAGGGAUCACUGAAGCUUACAAAUCUGAAAAAAGCCGAUUCAGGGGAAUACACCCCUGAGGUUUACAAUGCAGCGGGAAAGUCACAAGGACUGAAACUGGCACGUUUAUGUGUACUGGAUUUGGUCCCGAAGCCAACAGUGAAGAUGACUUGUCCCAGUACUUCUGUCACAUUUACCUGCAAAGUUACAUCUCCGCAGACCAAAGAGCUCAACUUUGAAUGGCUUCAAAACAACAAGGUGAUAGAUAAGACAAAAGGUAAUACUCUAUCACGGGAAGCCAAAUCAGUGGAAAAAGAUACCUUCAGCUGCAACGUUUCCAACCGUGUGAGCUUUAUGAUCAGUGCACCUGUGACACAAAUCUGCUAUAAGCCACAGCCCAUUCUCCCUGAAAAGCUUUUGGGAAUUAAUACCUGGAUUUUUGUGGGCGUCGGAGGAGGUAUUGCUCUGGUGCUGAUUAUCGUCGUUAUUGUUUGCUGCAUCUGUACCAAACGGAAAAAACGUUUGCAAAUGAAGGAAGAGGCUGAGCUUCGUUUGAAGUGGAACAACGAGCAACAACAUCAACUUAAUCAACAUAAUCCUCCUCCUGACCAUCAACAUCGUCAUCAUCACCAUCACCAUCACCAGCAGCAGCCGGCCGGCCACACUGGUCCUCGCCAGCAUCGCUCCAAACAGCACCGUGACCAGCAGCGUCCCAGAGCCCCCGACCAGCCUGGAAGUUUCCCUCAGCCCAGCCCCCGACGACCUGCACAGGCCCCCAGGCCAGUUGAUAUGACUGAUGACGAGCAGCCGCCUCCUCUUCCUCAGCCCAGGAAGAAAGCUCCGAAAACACCAAGAGUGUGACAUCAUGUGAGUGUUGGAGUUUAGAAAAUGUAGUCCCUCCUCUUUUUCUAAAUUCACCUGCUCUCCUUAUUUUCUUUGACUUUUCUUACCUGAUUUAUUACUCUCCUCCUUUUUUCUCUAUUGAUACUUUAAUCCAAACUCGGCCAGAUUAAAGGCCUCUCACUAUUCAACUUCAUGAUUUCAUCCGAAUGAGGUGAAAAUCAGUUUGAUCAAACUAAUAGUUUUUAUGAAGUGGUUUAAAAUCUGUUAAAGCAAACUUAAAGUUUUUAAAGCUGAAGUCAAACUAUGAAUCUUCAUAAGCUUUCAGUUUACUGUAACGUGAUAAACAAACUUGGUUUGUAUUACAUUUUAUGUCAUUUGUUAUUUUAGUCAUCAUAACCUUAUACAGUGUUUUCACAGUCAUGAAAAAC